UUUUAAAUCUGUUGAUAUCAAUUCAGGUAAAAACCCGCAGACACGUUUAAUAAACCAGGCCAGUCGAUUCAAAAACAAGAGUCCAAAACCCCAAUUUUCUUCAAUAUUGAUCGCCGAAUCCAAUCAGUUAACAAUGGCAGCAAAGCAAAUGGAAGAGAUACAGAGGAAAUUGACGCUGUUAUCUUACCCUAGGGCCAAUGCUCCCUCUCAAUCUCUCCUAUUUGCCGGCAUGGAGCGUUAUUCACUUCUCGAGUGGCUCUUUUUCAAGUUGUUAGGUGAUAAAUCCCCCUUCUCUCAGCAGAAUUUGCAAGGAGAUGGUGUAGAUCGGGACGAGGAGACGUCUCGGAUACAAUAUUUGGCAGAGAUUGCAAAGUUUCUAGGCAUAACCACCACUGUAGACACGGAAGCUAUACAAGGACGAGGGAGUUAUGAGGAACGUACGGAAAUGCUUCGUUUGAUUGUAGAUCUUGUUGAAGCUAGCAUUUAUGCUGAUAAUCCUGAGUGGAGUGUUGAUGAACAGGUAGCAAAGGACAUACAAUUGAUAGAUUCUAUUGCUGAAAAACAAGCUCAAAUAUUCUCGGAGGAGUGCAAACUGUUCCCUGCGGAUGUGCAAAUUCAGUCAAUAUAUCCCUUGCCUGACAUAUCAGAUUUGGAGAAACAACUCGCCAGUCAAUCUAGUAGAUUAUCGAGUCUGCAAGAGAUGGUUGAUGAUUUAGCAUCAAAGCAUUCAUAUAAUCCUGAUGAGGAUUAUGCUGAGGUGGACAUGAAGCUGCGAGCACAUCUAGAGUCUUUCUUAGAAACUGCAAGAUCCUUCAAUACAAUAUACACCAAGGAAAUCCGUCCAUGGACACAUAUGAUGGAGGUACCUCAACUGCAUGGAUUUGGACCGGCUGCACAUCGCUUAUUAGAGACAUACAAGAUGCUCUUAAAGUUCUUAGGGAACUUGAAAAACCUACGCGACUCGCACGCUGCUGUGGCUGUUGGAUCGUCUGAAACAGUUUCUGGGCAACCAUCUUCUGUGUCGAGAAUAAUAUCCGAGUGUGAAUCUGCUUUGACUUUCUUGAACCGCGAUCUUGGGAUCCUUUCGGCUUCUAUAGCUCGCGAUGAAGCAAAGAAAUCAGGGUCAAACAUUUGACCAAAACAUUGUGCAGAAGUAGAGGUCAACAUUUCUAUAUUCACAUUCUUGUUCAUCCCCUAACAACAUUGUUACAGAUCUAAUGUUAAAAGAAUUGCCUACAAAUAUACACUUGUUUUGUAUUUUCUUUUUCUUCGGUGAUUUGCAGAUUUCUACAUAUUUUUUUUGAAUGUGGUUGACCGGAUCAAAAGUCGUCGAAGUGUAUUUGUAUGUGAUAUUUGCAACUUCAUUCGUAUGACUAAAUCAAGCAAUUCAUGUUCAUUUUACA